GUUUCUCACCGCGAAACCAAAGAUGAAGAAGGAAACUUUCCCCUCCUGUCUUUGUGAGCGGUCCAAGCCCUUUGGAAACCGGGUGAAACCCGCUCCGGAGCUGCUCCAAGCUGGAUCAGACUCCUCUGAGACACGUUCCAGUAAUCAGUGCUGUGGGCGGGGGACCAGCGGCAGCCUGACCAGGAAGUGACGCCAUCACGCUGCGCUCUUAAAGCGAACGUCGGGGUUCAGGGCGGAACCAAAACAGAUAGCCCUGUUUCUGGAGGAACUUUAUAAAGUAGUUUCAGUGUUUUUGGUAGGUAGGUACUGUUAAGUGUGGGUGGAGGGUCCGUAAAGUCACCCGUUAGAACCUAAGCUGUGCAGCGGAAAUGGUCUCCACCGUCCAGAACACUGAUGUAAAGCAGAAAGAUUCGGACCAUGCAGUGGUUGUGGCAGUAGCGUCUCGUGCAGUGUUUGAACCAGGAGCAGGAGGUGGUGAUGGUGUGUACGCAGAAGGAGUGGCUUUUCCACUGCUGCAGGCGCUGCAGAAAGUGAAUGAACGUCUGCUGGAGGAAAAUUCUGCUGAGUCGCUGCUGUUUGACAUUGUCCUGAUCACCACUGACAGCCAGCAGCAGCAGCAGAGCUCCCAGCUUAUCAGCAGCACCAAACACUAUGGUCUUGAAGUCAGUAGGUUCUGUUUUUCCACUGAGGAGGAUUUCAGUGAGAGUCUGUUGAAAAAUAACGUGCAGCUCUUUCUGUCGACAGACAGAAAUGAGGUGUCGCAGACGUCACAAAAAGGUGUUCUGUCAGCGCUACUGGAUGAGUACACAGCUUCAUGUCCAUCUGAACAGCUGAGAGUUUUGCUCUGUGGGGACGCCGUCAUCAGACCUGAUACCAACCCAACACCAGCGAGCAGACAGGCUGCUCAGAGCUUCUCAGCUCGGUUGGGAAAGAUGCGGCAGAGGUUCGGUAUGUCCGACAGCCCUCUCAGCAUCACCCUAAUGACGUCUUGUGGUGGCCGGGACAGCUGUGGUGGUGCUCUGCAGACAUUGCGGUCUCUUGGUAUAAGUGCAGAUGAAGCAUACUGCCUGGCCGGGGCACCUCAGGGCCCCAUCCUGUCUGUGCUCAGACCUCACUUUCUUCUCAGCGACGGCUUCAGCGGCCUGGAAGACUGAUGAUGUGAUGACAUGAGGAACAAGUUUUUAGUGUCUUUGAAACAAGCGACUGAGUCCUCAGACUGAAUUGAGAUUAACACCAGUUUGAACUAAGUCUUAAAUCUCAUCCAGCCUUAAAGAGCCAGUGAGGGCUCCAGAGAGGAUCCCCGGGCACUGCUGAAACGGAGAGGGACAGCCAUUUAAUUUGAUUUAUUCGUUUUUGGUUUUGUUUUUUGUCUUUGUUUGGUGAUUGGUGGGAUGGCAGAUAUGGAAUUGGUUUCUUUUGGUUUGUGCAUAUAAGGAGAAACUGGAAUUAGUUUGUGUGUUUAGUUUAAAUAAAGGUAUUUGUUGCUUUCCUUA